AUAUAUUUGUUUGUGCCUACUAAUUACUUGAAUAAAACCUAAAACCAUAUUUUUCGAUGGACGUUAAAUAUCAUUUAAGCUGACGCCCGUUUCCUGCAACGAUAUAGUUGAAGUUCAAACUCUGUUCAUCCUAAAAACGGAUAUAAAACUCAGCGAAUAUUAAUUUAUCGAAAAAAAAAUUUCUGUCAAACGUUGUGAAAUAAAAGUGCCCCUCGUGGCAAAAUAACGAACUUUUUGACCUGUUGUUCGUUCGCGUAAAGGUGAAUCUACCUAAACAGUUUUCAUGUGUUCUCGGGUGGUCUCCUUCACUACGGUUUUAUGGCCAAAUUGCCCGCGCAGUAUUCACCGCCCGGAUUUCCAAUUUCCAUUCCAGUGCUGUACUGCUGUAUCCAGCUUAUUACAGCUUUGCUAUCCCAUUAUUUAGCGGUGAAUUUUUUGCGACACAAGUGCACUAUAUAUUAUUUGAGUAGCUUUGAAAACAAUUUUUAACGAGUAAUAUUAAAAAAAGCUGCAGUAAUGGCAUGCAAACGAACAGCAACAAGUGACCUGAAUCAUGACAAUUGGGACAACGAGGACGAGCCUGAGGAAGCAGGAACUUUUGUCAAAGCUCCUCCGGAGGUUCUUGAGAAAAGGGUAGUUAAAGCAGCACGACGGAGAUUGCCAAGAAGUGCAGAUGGCGCUACUCCGGGAAGUACCAAAACCCCUUUCGGCUUGUUCUCGGGAUUCAAGACUGCUCCAGCUCCAAGUUCCACUCCAUUUAGUUUCCUGUCAAAAAGCAACACAUUGGAAAACUCUACGACGAGUGAAAAUACUUUAACACAAUCGAAUGUGAGCACAGCAAGCAACGGAGCGAGGAAAAUUCCAGAAAAUGGAACAGAUAAAUCUGAGAUUACACAGUCUGUAAUAGAAAAGAGCGAGUCUUUGAAGGAGGAUUCGAAAAAGCCUGAAUCGAGUGAGAAGGAAGAUCGGAUAUUCAAAAAAUCUUCGGAUUACUUUGCCAAAUUGAAAGGACUGAACGAGGGCGUUACCCAGUGGAUUAAAUCACACGUUGAUUCUAAUCCGUUUUGUAUUCUAACCCCAAUAUUUAGAGAUUACGAGAAAUAUCUCAAGGACAUAGAAGCCAAGCAUGCUCACGAGAGUUUCCUUUCGAACGAUGACGAAAUUGUACCAGAAAAACCGCUCGCCACCAGCUCAAAAUUAUCCACUGUUGCUGCACUAGAAAAAACAGCGAGUAGCGAGUCUCUCUCUGAGGAAAAAAAAUCUAGCUUCUUCGACGGAGUCAAAACAUCGACGAGUAGCAAUGCCAGCUUCAAUUGGGGCUCACAAAAACCAUCUUUUGGCGAUAUGAAUUCCACUACUAAAUCGACUUUUACUAGUGGAACAGACAAAAAAGACGACAAACCUACGUUCGGCAGCAUUAGCACCGAAAAUAAUCUUUUUUUCAAUAAAACCUCUAACCUUUCACAAAUUAGUGAAGAAACGGACCAAUCGAAAACCGAAAAAUCCUCAGGUUUUGGAUCCUUUGGACAAUCCACUACAGCCACCGCCACUUUCAGUUUUGGACAAAGUUCCACCACAGGAUCCACACCUUCGGCCGGAUUCAGCUUUGGAAGUGGCAAACCAUUCUCCUUUGGAUCCCACGUCGUUGCGUCUCAAAAUACGGAAACCAAGGCUGAUGAAGAUAAGGAAGAAGAUGAAGAGCCACCAAAACCGGAUUUCAAACCAAUCACGGAAGAAGAUGCAUUUUUUGAAAAACGUUGCAAAGUAUUUGUUAAGAAGGACGGAAACUUUGGGGACCGAGGAGUUGGUGUAUUGUUUUUGAAACCAACACCGAACGGAAAGACUCAACUGAUCGUGCGAGCUGACAAUUCGUUAGGAAAUUUGUUGUUAAACACAUUAUUGACAACGUCGAUUCCAACGAAACGAAUGAACAAAAACACAGUUAUGUUGGUUUGUCUCCCGUUGCCAGAUUCAGAACCUCCGCCAACUCCGGUUUUAUUGAGAGUCAAAACAUCUGAAGACGCGGAUAAUCUCAUUGAAACACUCGAUAAUAACAAGAAAUAAGACUCCUUCAAUUUCGGCUAGAUCAUGAAGCAGUUUACUGAGAAAUAUUUUCGAAAGCAACGUCAAAAUCGUUUUGACUGGUUCGAAGAAUGAUAACUACGGAUUUGAGGUUUGCGUCGUUGAAACGCAACGUAUUUUUUUUUUUUUUUUUUAUUGCCAAGAUAGAUUACUCAAUUGCCGUUUCUUGGGUCAGAGUAAAAAAACAUCGAUUUUGCACCGAGAGGAAAAAAAAAUUCAAUUACGAAAACCGAUGAUUUCCUGGAGUGAAAAAUUAGCGAUGAUUCUUGGUCGUUGAAACUUCGGAGAGAGAAAAUUUCGCUCUUUUUUCACAAUACAAACUUCAAUAUCUUUGAAUGAUUUUAAGCGAAUCACUGAAUAGUUAACAUAAGUCUAUCUUGCACUCGUGACAAGACUCGUGAAUUUGUCAUUUUAUUUUUUGUUCUCUAUUGCAGAAAACACAUGGAAAAACUCGUACGAAUCGACGUUUUUGAGAUUUCCCUUAUAACUCACAUUUCGAAAACGACACUUUUUGAGAACGUUAUUUCUAGACCUCGUAACUGGCUAAAAUGUUCGAUGACAUGUAUCGAUGAAUUUCGCUAGUUCAUUCAUCUUCGAACGAAACACAAAUGUUAAAAAAUUUUCUAUUCCGGGUUGCUAAUUUUUUACGCUCAUGAGAAACUGCGUCGAAGUAAAAAAUUCAGAAAAAUCAACAAAAUGAGCAGUAUUUUUUGGAAAAGUUUAUGCAAACGAAUCUUAUAAUAAUUUCGAAUAAUUUUUAAUUCGGAAAUCCUGGUUUUUGUAAACAUUUUCGCGCUUUUUAUAUUUGCAAAGUUCCGAGUUUUUUUCUGAUUUUCCUCCUUUCCAAUUAAUAUUCAGCCGAAAAGUAUUGUUGAAUUGUUUCAAUCUGUCUAAACGAUCUUCCUAUUUAUAGUUCUCAAUCUUUUACCGCAAAAUCAUUCUGAAAGAAGAGAAAAAAAGUGCAAAAAUAUACGGCAAAAAUUCCUCUCGAUUACGACACGCGAUGAUUUUGGGAGAAAUGAAAAAAAAAAAUGUAAACCUGAACACGUGAAUUGUUAUAUAGCCAUUUGUAUAUAUAAAUAAAGGAAACAUGAAAAAAUAAA